CGUUUAAAACGAUCUGCUGGUGGACCGAUAGAGGGAGGCUGGAUGGACGCGUGUGCAAGCGAUAUGGGAUGGUCCAAAGACGAGCUCCACCCAUGGAGAUCAAGUUACCAGAGAUAGAGAAAGAGAGAAAGGGAGAAAGAGAGAGAAAGAGAGGGCGAGAGAGGAAGAGAGAGGGAGAGAGAGAGAAAGCGCGAGAGUGAGAGAGAGCUCCGCCUUCGUCGUACAAAAUUUUCAUUUUACCGAAGUCGGCUGUGUGCUACUAGAGUUGCAGACUUUCUAUUAGUCAAAUCGUUUCAUUUGACCUCGUCGGUCAUAUAACUUAUAUAUAGUGAUUGAUAUUUGAAAAGUUUUCGACGGUGAAAAUAAAAGGAAACAAGAAAAAUUUUAAUAAUAGAUGAAUCAUUCGAUCGGAGAACAGUGUUGUUAAUGUCGAGAUGCGUAGAUUACGAUUCAGUUGGUUCUUGAACGGCGACGGAGUUGUAAGUGAUGAGAAAUCGUAAAAAGAAUUAUAUUCAAUUACGACGACGUAUAUCUGUGAACGUUCACGAAUUUGUGUAGAUAAAACGAGAACGCGUGUGUGUGCGUACGCGUGUGUAUGUGUGUGAAAGUGAAUGUGGAUGUGGAUGUGGAUUAUUUACGGUAUAUAUUUACUAGUAUUCCGUCGACGCGUUCAACAAAUUCUUCUCAAUUUCCUAAUCUUAUCGUUAGAAACGCUUGUCCGAUGUUGACGUAUAAUGGAUGUAACGGUGUAACAACGGAAACGGACAAUGGUUCUCCUGCUGAAUCAUUUUUAUCAGCCGAAGGAGAACUUGCCGAAGAGCCGGGGGAUUCGCCGGGUACUCCGAGAGAUACCGAGGAAGAGGCAACCCUUUCCGAUGAAUUUUAUUCCCACGAUACCGACGAGGAAGAAGAACAGGGAAGACGUAGAAGAGAUCGUGCGAAUUCCCUAGACGGCAUUCCAUCCUCUGGUAACGGUCAACUAGGCUCGCCCACACUUCGGAUAGGAAACGUAGGUGUUAGGAAAUUAUUUACGAACAGUCGUGAACGAUGGAGACAACAGAACGUCAGCGGAGCUUUCGCUGAACUUCGAAAGCUUGUUCCUACUCAUCCGCCGGAUAAAAAGUUGUCGAAGAAUGAAAUUUUAAGGAUGGCUAUACGAUACAUAAGGUUACUGAGCAACGUUCUCGAGUGGCAGAAUGCUCAAGAUCGAAACGGAGUGGUCCAUACGCAGGAUGGUGUCAGAAUAAAAUGUGAGGGACACUUUAACAACAACAACAACAAUAACAAUCAUAACAAUAACAACAAUAAUAACAAUGGUAUUCAAAAGACCAAUUCUUACCAGACAAAGUGUCCGAUUAAUUUAACGAAACAAGAGAAGCAACAGAUCAACGAGAACGCUCUCCAAUCGUACAGAGUCCAUUAUCUCGGCCAACAACAGAGACAACAUCCUGUCGGUCAUCAUGGCGCCUGUGAUAAGAAUGGCAACAACUUGCUAAUGAUCGUACCAGCUGUAUCGUUGAACGAAUUGUCGGCUUCUUCGGUUGAUAAACACGUGGAGCCCUCGAACGUUAUUUCUCAAGGUCACCAUCAUUCGGUUAAUCAUUCUUUAGGCUCUAAUCUGAUUCGUUCUUCGUUAUCAUGUUCGUCGUCGUCAUCGUCGUCAUCGUCAUCCUCGUCAUCAUCAUCGUCAUCAUCCUCGUCAUCCUCGUCGUCAUCGUCAUCGUCGUCGUCAUCGUCGUCGUCGUCGUCGUCGUCGUCGUCGUCGUCAUCGUCGUCGUCGUCGUCGACGACGACGUCGUCUUCAUCAACCGUUUCCAACAGAGUCAACAAUUUUUCAAAAUCCCAACAAAUCAAUUACAACGUAUCAUCUACGAAUGGCUCUUUAGUAACUAAUGGAAAUAGUUCGAGUGUUGGACAAAAGAGAUUACUUAAAGUCGAAAGACAAGACGACGAACAGUCUGGCAUUGGUAGAGAGUGUAGAUCGUCGUCGAUCACCGAACAUCCUGUUCAAGUGAGGAAGAGAGUUAAGGUCACGUUCGCCAAAGAUACAACGGGGAGUUUUCGUCAGGAUUUUCGACACGUCGAAAGAAAGUGAACAUUAAAAAAAGAGAAUCGAUGAAGACCUGAGGAUUGGGUGAAAAAUAGUUUUUGUCGACUUUCUGUCUUACGGAUUUGAGAUAUUUUUAUUUCUAUGUGAUUGGUUUAUCAUCACAUUUUUAACAUUUUUUUUAUAUAAUUAUAUUUUUUUUACAAGUAAUUCGUUCAAUAAACGUUCAUUCUUCUUAUAGGACAGAAAGCGUAAAUAUUUCCUUGAAUGUAAAUAAAAGAAAGACAAUAUUAUGUGAUUUGCAUCGAAAACGUAGAGAGAAAAGAAACAUUCAUGAAUCAUCGUUUCACAAAAACUUUAUUUAUUUAUUUAUUUAUGUUCGUUUAGCAUGACACUUUUGUACAUCCUGUGCGUGUGGCGUAUUUUAAACCAGUGCAGUGACUUUUUAAUUAUUAUAAUAUAUAAAGAACGAUCGAUCACGCGCGUGCGCGCGCGCUUGCGAAAGAGAGAGAGCGAGAGAGCAAGAGAGAAAGAGAGAGUUCGUCACAUCGUUUCUUUUUUCUUAAUCGUUUAAAACACUUAGUUUUGUUUGUAUAUUUCUUACAUACAACGCGAGUGUGGAAUAGUUAUUCGUUUCUUCUUGCCUUUUUCUACGUUUCGAGUGUAAUGUGAUUAUGAUGUUACAUUAUUUAUUUAUUUAUAACUGUGGCGCAGUAUCAAAUGAGAUAUAGUAUUCAUUCAAUUUGAACACAAGAAAAAAUGAAUACUUUGCGAACAUAUUUACUAUAUAUAUAUAUAUAUUUUUUUUUUUCCUUAUUGGUUAACACUGUAAGAACGAAAGAUUUCAUUGUUUAUUUUAAUCAGUUGCCACAAGUUGUAUAUACGUAUAUACAUAUAUAUAUAUAUGUGUGAAUUAUAAUAUUCAUAUUAUAUAUUAAAUAUUAUUUUAUGUAUGUAUAUAUAUAUAUAUAUACACAUAUAUACUUGAAGGUGUAUUAAUCUUUAAAAAUUCAACGAGUAUUUCACGUGGAAAAUACGACGAUGAGACGAGCUAACGGCGCUUUAAACACGUAAUAAUACUAUACAUAAUACGUAGGUAUAUAAUAAUAAUAAUUAUUAUUUCGUUUAUAUAUCACUCACUGUUACCCUGAUUGUUUCUUAUUACAGGCACAAAUUU